ACGUACAACCUAUAAUUUUGAUGUGUGAAAUUACAAGUUUCGUGUUAUUUUACACCAGAUUUUUUUACAGUGUAUAGGUCACGUGAUCAUGAUCAGCUGAUCAAGCAAAAGUGAUACGUCAACGUCAGUAAAACAAUAAUUCCGUUUUUUUUAAUAAUUUAUAUUAAAAAUAGUGUUUUUUUAAUUUUUCUACUCUAUACACUUUGUACAUAAUUAAUUCAAUAUGAACAGUUCGACAGAUCCAAGACGUCCUGAGAAGGAAAUUAGAUAUAAACCCUCGAUGGCAAGUUCACAGGCUCAACCAGGAGAUGAUUUAACGCCAGAUUAUAUGAACAUUUUGGGAAUGAUAUUUAGUAUGUGCGGUUUAAUGAUGCGACUAAAAUGGUGUGCGUGGGUCGCUCUUUAUUGUUCCUGCAUUAGUUUUGCUAAUUCAAGGGUGAGCGACGAUACAAAACAAAUUCUUAGUAGUUUUAUGUUAUCUAUUUCUGCUGUUGUAAUGUCAUACUUACAAAAUCCACAACCAAUGACUCCGCCUUGGGCCUCUGCUAUUCAGUGAGUCAAUUCUUUUUUAAUAGGAACCUCCAAAUUUUGCCUGUAAAAAAAAUAUUGAUCAGAAUUUUAUAUAUAUACAUAUAUUAUUGUAAAAUUUACUCUUUCUUAAACUAUUUAACUACUAUUCAUAGAAUACGUGGCAAUUUAAUACCUAAAAGAGUAAACUAAGUCUACUUAAAAUAUGUUUGACUGAAAGUAUUGUUUUUUAUUCUGAAAAAAAGAGAGAAUUGUGAAUGUGAGAAUAAAAUGCAUGGAUAUUUACAUAUUUAUAUGUGUAAUAAGAAUAAAAACUAAUUUUAAAAAUCUA